CGGGGAACAGCAGCCUUCUGGUGUUGUCAGCACUUCAAGAGAACUCCUCAGGGAUGCAGCUGUCUUUGAGUCAACCAUGCUCCUUCUCUGGGGCACUCCUGUUGCUGGCAGUGUCAAACCUGCUUGUCUGGGAGAAGGUGACUUCCUUACCAAAUUAUCAAAUGCCCACUGAAAGCCUAUACCAACGUGUGAUUAUGGUGUCACACAACGCCCAUGAUCUUGCUUCAAAAGUCUUCAUGGAAUUUGAAAUGAAGUUUGGUAGGACAGCUUGGACAUAUGACCUCAUGUUAAGCCCCUGCCACACUGCUGAAAUCCUUACUCCAGAAAACAGUGAGCAAGUCCACCAUACAAAAUCAGAAGACCUUCUGAAAGUGUCCAUCACUAUUUUACAAGCCUGGGAAGAGCCUAUGAAACACAUGGUGGCAGCAGUGGCUGCCCUUCCACAUGUACCUGAUACUCUGCUGUCAAGAGCAAAGGAGUUGGAGGAAAGAAUUCAAGGGCUUCUGGAAGGACUGAAGAUCAUAUUCAAUAGGGUUUACCCAGGAGCUGUUGCAAGUGACUAUACUUUCUGGUCUGCAUGGUCAGAUUUGCAGUCAUCUGAUGAGUCCACUAAGAACAGUGCUCUUAGAACCUUAUGGCGGUGCGUGCGCAGGGAUACACAUAAAGUUGACAAUUUCCUCAAGGUCCUGAAGUGUCGCGAUGUUCAUAACAACAACUGCUGAACAUCUAUUCCUCUUCUCUGUCUCUUAGAAGGUCCCUUGUGAUCUAGACCUUCAAAGCACCAAUGAAUUUUCCCCUCUUCGGUGCCUUUCUAGAUUUAGUUGUCAUCUUACCCCCAAAUAAACUGAUUCUUUGCAAAUGCUAAA